CUCAGUUUUCUUCCUCCGCGAGUUAGCUCGUGGGAGUCAUAAAGCGCUUUGCAUCUGGUGUCUUGGAGAGAAAGCUCUCUCUUCUCUACAUCAAAUCUCUGCAUUCGAAACACCUAAAAAACUAAUUCCAAAAAACAAGAAAAAAUGAGCAGAGGAAGUGGAGGCGGCUACGAUCGCCACAUCACCAUCUUCUCUCCCGAAGGUCGUCUCUUCCAAGUCGAGUAUGCGUUUAAGGCAGUGAAAGCAGCUGGGAUUACAUCGAUUGGUGUUCGAGGAAAAGACUCCGUCUGCGUUGUUACACAGAAGAAAGUUCCCGACAAGCUUUUGGAUCAGACUAGUGUCACUCACCUUUUUCCUAUUACCAAGUUCCUUGGAUUGUUGGCUACUGGCAUGACAGCUGAUGCAAGGACCUUGGUCCAGCAAGCAAGGAAUGAAGCAGCCGAGUUUCGGUUCAGAUAUGGAUAUGAGUUGCCUGUGGAUGUUUUGGCCAAAUGGAUUGCAGACAAAUCACAGGUUUAUACUCAACAUGCAUAUAUGAGACCUCUUGGAGUUGUUGCUAUGGUUUUGGGUAUUGAUGAAGAGAAGGGACCCCAACUCUACAAGUGUGAUCCAGCUGGCCAUUUUUACGGUCACAAGGCAACCAGUGCUGGAUCUAAAGAACAAGAGGCAAUUAACUUCUUGGAAAAGAAGAUGAAGAAUGACCCUGCUUUUACUUAUGAGGAAACAGUGCAGACUGCUAUUUCUGCUCUGCAAUCUGUUCUUCAAGAGGAUUUCAAGGCCACUGAGAUAGAGGUGGGAGUGGUGAAAGCUGAUAAUCCAGUUUUCAGAGCGUUGUCAACUGCAGAAAUAGAUGAACAUUUGACAGCUAUUAGUGAGCGUGACUAGUGAGCAUGGACUAACAAUAGCUGCUGCAGAACCUUUCUGUUAUCAUUUGAAACAACAAGCGUGCUUUAGUUGAUCAUCAAGUUUGAGAGAGAUGGGAGAGGGUUUUAGCUUCAAAUUAUGUUGUCUCCUAUUACUGCAUAAGACUUUAAAUUGAAUUCUUGUUAUUUCUGGGAUUGAGUUUCUCCAAGAUGAAUCAAAAUGUUACGGGAUAGUUGUUUGAAGAAACUAUGUCAGCAGCGACUAUUUACAUUAAAAUUGUCCAAAAAUGUUGCAUGUCUGCGAAUUACUAUUUAAAUUAUCAUCAGGUAACUCUACAAGGGCAUGCACCCAAAUCUUAUUUGACA